AUGGAGCCGCCGCGCCCCGGCGCGCGGCCUCCCGGGGCCGAGCGGACGGCGGCUCCUCAGGACGCGGAGGCGGCGGGCGCCUGCGCCGGCGCGGCCGGGCUGUGGGCGCUGCCGGCGGAGCCCGCGGAGCGGAGGCCGGAGUGCGGCCGCUGCGGCCGGCCUCUUAAGGUGUGUUUGUGUCCAUUUCUCCCAGCACAUCCUCUCAGCAUCUCCACUCACCUGUACAUAAUUCAGCAUCCAGCAGAGGAGAGCAAGGUGCUGCGCACAGUCCCUCUGCUGGUGGCCUGCCUCCCCCAGGACAAGUGCACAGUGAAGGUUGGCCGUCGCUUCAGUGGAGAAAGAGAUGUUGAGCUUUCAACUGUUUGCCAGAAGUCUGGAACAUUAAUAUUAUAUCCAGGGGCUGAAGCUACCGAUUUGGAAGAAUUUCUGUCAAGUUCCCCUGUUUACCCUUCCACACUUGUCAUCAUCGAUGGCACCUGGAGCCAGGCCAAGGACAUCUUCUAUAAGAAUUCCCUGUUCCGACUUCCCAAACAGGUGCAGUUAAAAACUAACAUUUCCAGUCAAUAUGUAAUUCGGAUGCAACCCACUAAUAGAUGCCUUUCUACCCUGGAAUGUGCUGCUGUUGCUCUUUCCAUCCUAGAGAAGAAUAUUCACAUACAGGAGACUUUGCUUCGUCCUCUCCAAGCUUUAUGCUCUUUCCAGCUUCAGCAUGGUGCUCAAAUCCGCCUCAGCAAGGAACAUCUUCUGAAAAAUGGAUUGUACCCCAAGCCAAUGCCCACGAGCAAACGCAAGCUCAGAAAAAUGGAGCUCUUAAUGAACAGUGUUAAAAUUUAGUGCAGGUGUUCGGAUGCGGCUUUACCUGUCAUUUACUGGCAAGAUCAGGUUACAUUUUCAUGCAGUUAAGAUGUGUGGGCUUUUGACACUCAAGAAAAAUGUGAGGGUUGCUAUGAAUCCUAUUUAAGAAGGAAGAAAACCAAACAAUGAUGAAAAACAGCAAAAUGGUUUGCUGCUUUGGUGAAAAGAAAAAUUUGAUACUGUAUUAGUUUAACGAUGUGCCUCUAAAACAUUUUCCAAAUCCAUAAUUUAAAGUGUAAUUGGUUGUUGAGCUAUGGUUAGAAGCACUUGUUUAUAAAAUGAAGAAAACUGUACCUGAUUGGAACAGUAUUGUUUCUGUUUGUGUUUAGGACGAUGGAGUAUCUCUAGUAGAGUAUGUCCUACAUUGGUGUAUAGCCUUGUACAUGAACUUAAGUUUGGAGUGAGUAGCAAAAGAAAAUUAUGAUGAUCAAAUAGUUCAGCUUGAAUUAUUUAUUUCUUAAACUAGUACAAAGGAACAAGGAAACUUUAGAAUUGUUUAAAGGUUAAACUUGAACUUUGUUAAUGUGAUUUGUGUUCUGCUAACUGCCCAAGUUCUUCAAUUUUGAAAUAGCACACAUUUUCAUUUACAGUUGCUUUGGAUGUGUUUAGAUUUUUUAGUCGUCACUGAACAGGCUUUUCAACUGCAGUAAGCUGAUUUUAUUGAGGUUUCCCUAACUAAGCUGUUAUUUUGAGAGCACAGAUCUGUAAGUAGGUCUAUUUAAAUAUAUUUUUUUAAUAAGCAAAGACUUUAAUAUGAGGAAACAAAUUCCUUCAGCCCCAUUGGGAAAAUAUUUACAGAGAUUUUGUGUAAAGGAAAUUUAUGUAAUGUGUAUUUACAUCCAACUUAAAUUUACUACAUUACAUACAUUUUUUGGCAACAAAUGGGGGCUUUGGACUUUGUUCAUGACUGUUAGAAUUUCCUGUAUCCAGUGUUAAAUCGGAAGGAAAAAAACUAAAUAUGCAGAUUUAAAAGGAAGCUUGACACAAGUGUGUAUUUGUGUGUGUGCGAGUGUGUAUGCUGUUGGUAUAUGAAUGUGUGGAUGCCAUUGGUAGCGUGAACAUAAAGUAGUGGCAAUUUCUGAAUGUUUUCAGACUCAUUUAUCCCUCAUACUAGACCUUAAUUGAGAGUGGAUGUGUUUGAGUGUGAGUUUGAGUGUGCGUUGUGUAACGGUGGGAGUGUGAGCAUGAGCAUAUGCUGACGGCUGUGAUUCUGGCUGUAACUAGAGUACUAACAAAGUUUAGGAGAACUAUGCAGAAAAUAUUUUGAAAUAUUAAACAUUUAUAUUUCUGUCUUCAAUUGUUGACUUAUUUUUGCAGUGAAAACAGGUCAGCUCAUUUAUAAUCUGAAAUGCCUAAUAUCAAAUGAUUAUUUCUAUAUUAGUGGAGAACUAAUAUAACGUAUAAUACAUUUCUCAACAAAUGGGUAAAGUCAUCUUUCAGUGAUUUUUAUGUCAAGAUUAAACUUUAUAGAUUUCUUUUAACAUUACUGCUUUCUUGAAGAUCCAAUUGUGACAACAUUUAUAUUUCAAAAAUAAUGUACUUCUAACAGCAUUUUUGAACACUUAAAUGCUUAAUACUUAUUAUUUUAGUAAAUUUUCUUUAAGGAAAUUUGUUUGGAUAGAAGCAAGAUGUCAGAUUAGGACAAUUAGCACUUCUGUCUCUGCAAGUCUAAAAUAGAGCAUCAGUGUGUAGCUGCAGGGAAAGGUGGAUCAUGAGGUGGCCAGGUAGAAUCCAGAAAUACUAAGCCUUAGGUUGGUAAAAGAAACGGGGACCCUAGGCUGCAAAGCAAAAUGGAAGGGUAAAGGAGAGUUCCUGUCAGUGGGGCUUCAAGCAGAAGAGAAAAGGAAUGUGAGCUCCACAGGCUCAUACUCUAGAAGUUGGCAAUAAGGCAGGAUGGACAUGGGUGGCCAGUGAGCCAACAGACCCUAGAGGAGCGUCUCCUGUACUUCCUAGCUUGGUCCCUGGUGCUCUCAUGGCUUCACCUGGAGAGAAGUCUUACAGCCAGACCUCUCAGAUAAGCAUCUCAUGUGUAAACGGCAGUGUUUGGGUACAUCAGUGCUGCCCAGGCUGCCCCUCCUCGACAUGAGCAGUCAUUCUUAGAAUCGUCGUGAUUCAUUAGGGUCUCCUUUGUGACAAGUGCUGGCCAAGCUGCAGAGGGAAGCCAGGGAAGGGAGAGAGACCAGGUGUAUGUGAGAAUGGUUUGUAUGGCUUAGCUGAAGACGGGUGUGGCCGGACAUACUGAACAGCCCGGUGCCCUCCCUUUCUCUCUCCUUUCCUCCCUGCCUUCUCCCCCUUUUCUCUUCCUCGCCUCUCUCGUUCACUGUUUGCCUUGUUCUGUACUUGUUUUUCCUGUUAUUAUACUUUCAUCCUAUAUGUUUUCCACAUCUUAAUUUUCGUUUUUCCUCUUCUGAUCCUCUUUUUAUUAAUUAUUAAGUAGAGAAAGAUGAAAAAUAAUUCUACUUCACAGGAAAUGGAAGACUCAAGAUGGCAUUUUAUCUGUGGGCUUUGUACUGUUUGGAACAUGUGAUGUGAUGUCAUAUGUCACCGAGCAGCUUAGAAUCUUCAGCUAAUGGCUCUGGGAUAGGGAGACGGCACUAUCCUGACACAUGGACAGUAGGUGCACCUUUGGGUUGUGCCCGAGAUGCCUUUUAUUUUUUCUGUCUGUGCCUCCUUCAAGGAGCCUUGCAUCUUCCUAAUCCUUGAAGGAGAAGGUGGCAGGUACUGGUAGCCUCUCUGUGUCUUGCAACUUAACAUCUAAAAGAUGGGAGGGAGCUCUUUUUCAGCUUACUCCUUGGUUCUAAUUUUUUACUUUGUCACUUUAAAUAUUUAUUAAAAAAAACCUAUUUUCUCUGUCUCGUCA